UAUGAGAAAUGGGGGCCGUGAACACAUUCAUUCAGGUCAGGCUAGUCUGGUGCGGAGUCUUGUCUUGAGAGUGCUGACCGGAUCGGGUGCAGAAUCUAUUUUUAGCUAAAUGUGGAUUGGGUUGGGUUGCCUGAUGGUGACCGAACCUACACAGUUAAGUACUACUGAAGUCUUCCUUGCAGUAGUCUAUCGAUGCAUUUGUUACGAAGUAUUGAUGGCAAGUUCUGUGAAUAUUGACGGGAUUACUCUCAGCACAGUGACAAGUCCUUUCACCCCUAAGCAACACUGUCUUCUUCACACAUCACAAGGCAAAGCCCAGACCCUGUAGAUCUAGCCAAAGUCUAAGACAGUCUGACAUGGAUCUGACGUGAUUGGCCCAGACAAAUGAUGUCUCCAUCACCGCGGUAGCUAAGAACCACUGUAACCAGUGAUCAGCGGGCAACAGUGUCCACUGCGCAGGGCACAAGUUACUG